CUCGCAGAUGGUGUGAUUCGCUCCAGUGGGACGUCCAGUCGGAACGGUAGAGGAUUUUCGUUCUCAAUCGCUAAUCCUCGUGUCAGCUUGCGUCAAUCCAGCGAUGUCUUCACAGACGGGCCCAAAUUAGCCUCUACUGCUGCUCGUAGCCCUAUGGAGGUGGAAUUCAUGCGUGAAGCGGAGCUCUUUUUCUCCAACCUUGAGUCAGAAUUUAUGUGGCCCUUUCUGCAGCGACAUUUCUUUCUUUCUCCUCAAAAAGUGCGUUGUGGAUGGGUUUCUGCGGUUCGCUUUAUGGUGCAGCACCUGCCGACGGAUACGUAUCCGGAGGUUCGAGGCUGCCACUUGCCUCGCAUGGUCUCAGGCUUGACGACUACUUUGAGCGAGCGGAUGUGUCAUCUCAGUCUGGUGGAGAUCGCCGAGUUCAUUGAUUUGCUGGUCAUUCUGAUUACUCAAAUCCAAGAGGUGAGCCUAUAUCCUAGGCAAAGGGAUGGCUGUGAACAGCCGCUAGUCAAAUUGUAG